CUUGGGAUCACUAAUGUAUGUGUUGGAAUGGAAUCAUCUGCAGUAGAGAUUGCCACGCAAAUCGAAAGGGAAAGGAGCACGUUGCUCGUAGCACUGAGAGAAAAGGGUGCUCAACAAGAAUUGGUGGCACUAAAUUUUGGAGGGAGUUACUGGUGUAAGUAAAUGCUCGGCCCAGUCUGUCGAUGGUGAUGUUGGCUUCGAUUCUUUGGCUGGUUUUCUAGUUUUUUUUAUUUUUUUUUAUUUUUUAUAUUUUCUUGUCGUACUUCGGUUUUUCUUCAGAAGCAACCCGGAUAAAUUUCUAGUGUGUUAGGUUUGGUGGAUCCUCUUCAAGAAGGAGUGAUCUCAUCUCCUCUUAUCAACUCGCUUGGUUUGUUUUCGCCUUCUUCAUGGAAACAGUGACGGAGGCGAAUCAUCGACAGCAUUUACUGUUUAAAGUUCCUGUGGUGAUUCUCAACACUGACGCCUGCAUUUCAGCUCUGGGCUUCGGCAGCGAGGCACCUGGCUCUGCAAGCGAGAUUCAGGAUGCUGUUGUCUCGGCUCUGAAGAUGGGCUAUCGACAUUUCGACACUGCAGCUGCUCAUGGCACGGAAGAAGCCGUCGGGAAGGGCCUCAAGAAGGGAUUUGUGGAUGGCCUGGUGAAACGCGAGGAGGUUUUUGUGACAUCUAAGUUUCACCUUCUUGAUGCCGGUGAAGUUCGACCUGCUGUUGAAAAGAGCCUCAGCGCUCUACAGCUUGAGUACCUGGAUCUUUGCUUGGUCCAGUCCCCAUCGAAGCUUCUGAAAUCUUGCACAUACCCUCCCAAUCAGCGGGAGAGCGCUUCCCUUCCAUCAAGCGUGCAGGAGAUAUGGGAGGCUCUCGAAGACUGUGUGCAAAGCGGCCUGACAAAGGCGAUGGGUGUUUGCAACUUCUCAGCGAAAAACGUGAAAGAGAUAUUGGAGAGCGCUAGCGUGGUCCCCGCAGUAAACCAGGUUGAGUUGCAUCCUAUGUGGCAACAGAAACAGCUCCGUGAGUUCUGUCAGGGUGUGGGCGUUCGUGUGAGCUCAUGGCGUCCUUUAGGCGGGCAACCUCCACUCUCAGUUGUUAACAAUUCCGUCAUCAAAGAAAUCGCCGAAACCCAUGGAAAGACUCCGAAUCAGAUUGCGCUCCGGUGGUUACUUGAGAAUGGUGUAAUCUCAGUAAUUCAAAGCUACGAUCCAGAGAAACUGCUAGAGUACAUAAAAUUGUUUGACUUCAAGUUCUCUGUUGAGGAUCUUGAGAAACUGGCGAGUCUCGACCAGGAUCUACCAUUUUAUGUGGUUUGAUGGUCGAACGCUUUGCGCUUUUUUUUUUUGUUUUGUUUUGUUUUGUUCUUCAUUUAGUCAACUGUACAGCACAGUGAGCUUCUUUC